CUGAACGGCGGCAUCGGCAUCAUCCACCACAACUGCACCCCCGAGUUCCAGGCCAGUGAGGUGCGGAAGGUGAAGCGGUUCGAGCAGGGGUUCAUCACGGAGCCGCUGGUGAUGAGCCCGACGCACACCGUGGGGGACGUGUGGGACGCCAAGGCCCGGCUCGGCUUCUCGGGGGUCCCUGUCACCCACUCAGGCCGGCUGGGGGGGCGGCUCGAGGGCAUCGUCACCUCCCGGGACAUCGACUUCCUGCGGGAGCGCGACAGGGGCACCCCCCUGGCUGAGGUGAUGACCAAGCGCAGGGACCUGGUGGUGGCCCCGGCUGGUGUCACCCUGAAAGAGGCCAAUGAGAUCCUGCAGCGCAGCAAGAAGGGGAAGCUGCCGAUUGUGAACAGCCGGGACGAGCUGGUGGCCCUCAUGGCCCGCACGGACCUGAAGAAGAACCGGGAGCACCCGGCGGCCUCCAAGGAUGGGCGGAAGCAGCUCCGGGUUGGAGCCGCCAUCGGCACCCGCGAGGACGACAAAUACCGGCUGGACCUGCUCGUGCAGGCGGGGGCCGACCUCGUGGUGCUGGACUCUUCGCAGGGGAACUCACGGUACCAGCUCAGCAUGAUCCGCUACAUCAAGGCCAAGUACCCCGAGCUGCAGGUCGUGGGGGGCAACGUGGUGACGGCGGCCCAGGCCAAGAACCUGAUUGACGCGGGGGUGGACGCGCUGCGGGUGGGGAUGGGCAGCGGCUCCAUCUGCAUCACCCAGGAAGUGCUGGCGUGUGGCCGCGCCCAGGCCACGGCCGUGUACCGGGUGGCCGAGUACGCGCGGCGCUUCGGCGUCCCCGUCAUCGCCGACGGCGGCAUCCGCAGCCCCGGGCACGCCGUCAAGGCCCUGGCACUGGGGGCCUCCACCGCCGCUCCCGCCGCCCCGAUGUCCCCGAGGUCCCCCGUGGCGGGGGGGGCCGUCCCCCGCCUGCUGCUGGCCCUGCUCUGCCUCGCCCCCCCUUCCGCCGCCCCCCCGCCCCCCAGCAGCCCCACCGGGACUCCCCCGGGCCCUCCCACGCCCCACAGCGACUCCCCCGUCCUCUCCCUCAACCUCGGCCUCAACUUCAAGAUCAAG